UCGCUAUUGCCUUGCAUUCUCUUUCUGCUGCCUCGCUUGAGCGUCCUUUUGUCUUUGCCUCCCAAAUCACCGGCUGCCAUAACACAGUAUGGCCGCCACGCUCAGUUUCCUCAAACUCCCUAUUGUACCUCAAAAUCCACGUCGAUUGUCCCUCUCAAAGUUCCCAUACCCCUCUAUCUCUGCCAAAUUGACGACCCCACAGCAGGAUUUUGAUUUUCCGAAUCCACUCAAGCUCCUAGACCAAAACUUCAAUACUCUCAAAUCUGCUGCUCUUUCUCUCUCUGCGAUCAAUGUCCCUUUCUUAAUUCACCCCGAGGAUGCCAUUGCCGCUGGUGGGGAAUUUGGGAUAUUGGAGGGAAGAACAUUUGCGUUGAUACAUCCCAUUGUGAUGGGAGCUUUCUUCUUCUAUACCCUGUGGGCUGGGUAUUUGGGGUGGCAAUGGCGGCGAGUGAGGACCAUCCAGAAUGAGAUUAAUGAGCUGAAGAAGCAAUUGAAACCCACUCCGGUGACCCCAGAUGGGAAUCCGGUGGAGGCACCGCCAUCACCUGUUGAACUCAAGAUUCAGCAACUCACUGAGGAGAGGAAGGAACUGCUGAAAGGAUCUUACAGGGACAGACACUUCAAUGCUGGAUCCAUACUUUUAGGAUUUGGAGUGCUUGAAUCUGUUGGUGGAGGACUCAACACUUGGCUUAGGACUGGAAAGCUAUUUCCUGGUCCACAUUUGUUUGCAGGAGCAGGUAUUACAGUUUUAUGGGCAUUGGCAGCAGCACUCGUACCAGCAAUGCAGAAAGGAAAUGAAACAGCCAGAAAUCUUCACAUUGCCUUGAAUACACUGAACGUUCUGCUCUUUGUAUGGCAGAUUCCCACGGGAAUUGAUAUUGUGUUUAAAGUUUUUGAGUUCACAAAAUGGCCUUGAAUGUAUAUAUGAUCUCUAAUGUAGUUCAUCACUUUCUAUUUUCCUUCAAUUCAGCUUUGUUUUCUCUAGCAA